UGGGCUCGGUCGACCACCACGCGGGACAGCCCCGUCCUCAGCAACAUCAACGACGGCCUGUCCAGCCUGUUCAACGUGGUGGAGCACGCGGGCAGCACCGAGUCCAUCUGGAAGCCGGGCUGUCCGGAGAGCAAGGCCAAGGCCGAGGGGCCCAAGUACGGCAUCGUGCAGGAGUUCUUCCGCAACGUGUGCGGGCGGGCGCAGAGCCCCACCUCCGCCCCGGAGAAGAGAGACUCCCUGGGAGACGACGGCCCCAAAAAGCAGGAGCACGCCCAGCCGGCC